AAGAACAUUCUGUCACUGACGUUAGUGCAGAUCGCAACAGAAAACUGAAGCUCUGCAAUUGGAGUACGAAAGUGUGACAAGAGGAUCGGGUGGAUAUAUCAUUUAUUUCGCAACUUAGUGAUAUUGCCGCCAUAUGUUAAUGAACUGAACAAAAUGGGUUUGAUUUCGAGCUGGGGUCAACAUUUGCUGGUGUUGCUUUUGGUUGUAGGCCUAUCGUUGGGUCUUCCGAGCUUGGAAAAUCAGACGCACGAACAAAUCGAACAGAUAAUAGCCUGCAGACAGCCCAAGGCACCUGGUUUGUGUCGAGGUCACCAGUUGCGAUAUGCCUACAAUAAGAAGACCGGGAACUGCGAGAGCUUCAUCUACACGGGCUGUGCCUCCACCGAGAACAAUUUCCUGACCUUCGAGGAGUGCCGCAGGGAUUGCAUGCAACGUCUGCGCUACUGAAGUCCUUUUUAAC